UUCCUGGGCGGUGCCCGGGAGAGCUUCCGGUGUGAACAGGAAGUCCCUCCGAGAGCUGCCGCCGCGGUAGGCUAGGGGCGGCGGUAGGCUGCAGCGGGCGCAGUCAUGGGCAAGAGAGACCGGGCCGACCGCGAGAAGAAGAAGUCCAAGAAGCGGCACUACGAGGAUGAGGAAGACGAUGAAGACGACGCUCCUGGGAACGACACCCAGGAAGCUGUUCCCUCCGCGGCCGGAAAGCAGGUGGAUGAGUCUGGGACCAAAGUGGAUGAGUAUGGAGCCAAGGACUACAGGCUGCAGAUGCCGCUGAAGGACGACCACACCUCUAGACCCCUCUGGGUGGCUCCUGAUGGCCACAUCUUUUUAGAAGCCUUCUCUCCAGUUUACAAAUAUGCUCAAGACUUCCUGGUGGCUAUUGCAGAACCGGUGUGCCGACCAACCCAUGUGCAUGAGUACAAACUAACUGCCUACUCCCUAUAUGCAGCUGUCAGCGUCGGCCUGCAAACCAGUGACAUCACUGAGUAUCUCAGGAAGCUCAGCAAGACAGGAGUCCCAGAUGGAAUCAUUCAGUUUAUUAAGUUGUGUACUGUCAGCUACGGGAAAGUCAAGCUGGUCCUGAAGCACAACAGAUACUUUGUGGAAAGUUCUCACCCUGACGUCAUCCAGCAUCUUCUCCAGGAUCCUGUGAUCCGCGAGUGCCGCCUGAGGAACUCUGAGGGGGAGGCCACAGAGCUCAUCACCGAGACCUUCACAAGCAAGUCCGCUGUAUGUGGGCUCCUGGGUCACCCUCGGAUUGCUAAGAGUGCUGAAGGUAGCGGUGGGCCCUCCACUUCCCGAGUGACAGAUCCACAGGGUAAAUCUGACAUCCCUACAGACCUGUUUGAUUUUUAUGAGCAAAUGGACAAGGAUGAGGAGGAAGAAGAAGAGACACAGACAGUAUCUUUUGAAGUUAAGCAGGAAAUGAUUGAAGAACUCCAGAAACGGUGCAUCCACCUGGAAUACCCUCUGCUGGCAGAAUACGACUUUCGGAAUGAUUCUGUCAACCCUGAUAUCAACAUUGACUUGAAGCCCACAGCUGUCCUUAGACCUUACCAGGAGAAGAGCUUGCGGAAGAUGUUUGGGAAUGGGCGCGCACGCUCCGGGGUCAUUGUCCUUCCUUGUGGUGCUGGGAAGUCCCUGGUGGGUGUGACAGCCGCGUGUACCGUCAGGAAGCGCUGUCUGGUGCUGGGCAACUCGGCCGUGUCCGUGGAGCAGUGGAAAGCCCAGUUCAGGAUGUGGUCCACCAUCGACGACAGCCAGAUCUGCCGCUUCACCUCCGACGCCAAGGACAAGCCCAUCGGCUGCUCCAUCGCCAUCAGCACCUACUCGAUGCUGGGCCACACCACCAAAAGGUCCUGGGAGGCCGAGCGGGUGAUGGAGUGGCUCCGGACGCAGGAGUGGGGCCUCAUGAUCCUGGAUGAGGUACACACCAUCCCAGCCAAAAUGUUCCGACGGGUGCUCACCAUUGUGCAGGCGCACUGCAAACUGGGUUUGACCGCAACCCUCGUCCGGGAAGACGACAAAAUCGUCGACUUAAACUUUUUGAUUGGGCCGAAGCUCUACGAGGCCAACUGGAUGGAGCUGCAGAACAGUGGCUACAUCGCCAAGGUCCAGUGUGCGGAGGUUUGGUGCCCAAUGUCUCCUGAGUUCUACCGGGAGUACGUGGCAAUCAAAACCAAGAAACGGAUCUUGCUGUACACCAUGAAUCCCAACAAAUUCAGAGCUUGCCAGUUUCUGAUCAAGUUUCAUGAAAGGAGGAAUGACAAGAUUAUUGUCUUUGCUGACAACGUGUUUGCUCUGAAGGAGUAUGCCAUUCGACUGAACAAACCCUAUAUCUAUGGUCCUACGUCCCAGGGAGAAAGGAUGCAGAUUCUCCAGAAUUUCAAGCAUAACCCCAAAAUCAACACCAUCUUCAUAUCCAAGGUGGGUGACACAUCAUUCGAUUUGCCAGAAGCAAAUGUUCUCAUUCAGAUUUCCUCUCAUGGCGGCUCCCGGCGGCAGGAGGCCCAGAGGCUAGGGCGAGUGCUCCGAGCAAAAAAAGGGAUGGUUGCAGAGGAGUACAAUGCCUUCUUCUACUCGCUGGUCUCCCAGGACACGCAGGAAAUGGCUUACUCAACCAAGCGGCAGAGGUUCUUGGUAGAUCAAGGUUACAGCUUCAAGGUGAUCACCAAGCUUGCUGGCAUGGAAGAGGAAGACUUGGCAUUUUCAACGAAAGAGGAGCAACAGCAGCUCCUACAGAAGGUCCUGGCGGCCACUGACCUGGAUGCUGAGGAGGAGGUGGUGGCAGGAGAAUUUGGCUCCAAAUCCAGCCAGGUGUCCCGGCGCUUUGGCACGAUGAGCUCCAUGUCUGGGGCCGACGACACGGUGUACAUGGAGUACCACUCAUCCCGGAGUAAGACUUCCACUAAGCACGUGCACCCACUUUUCAAGCGCUUCAGGAAGUGACGCCCAGAGGGUCAUGUAGCUGAAGACUGGAUGCCCAGCACCAACACUGGAAAAGGAUUUUAAACGUAGCAUUUUCUUUCUACAUCCAUGUUCUUUCCAAUAGCAUUGGCCAAGCCAAUCUAGAUUGGAGUAUCUGUUAACUGCAUUGAAGAAAAUGCAUCAAGAGAUUGAUUCUGUCUUCCUGGGUCAUCCAGGGUUUAAAAGUGGGAAUAGGGAGACUAUAUUUUUUGGGUUUUUUUUCAGACCACUUUUCAGAAUUUUGGGGGAGUGUUCAUUCUUGUAUAUAAAAAGUUUGUAAUAUUUAGGUGUAUUUAUCUUAAUGUUCUCCUGAAUAAACAGAAGUGGGAUGUUUAA